UUAAACCAUUCCCAUUCCCAAACUUGUGUAGAAUAGCAAUCACACAAAAGGCAGCUAUUUAAUCCCUUGCCGUGAGGUAAGGCCGUGAAUAAAGACAAUGUGUUAUUGGCACCCUUGAUAAAGAUUAGCAAAACAGACUAUAAAAUAAAUAAUACAAACACUGAGACAUAUUGUAUGCUCAGGGAAAUUGUAUUAUUAUUAUUAUUAUACUAAUACAAUUGCUCAAAGAAAGAGAUUUUGUUUAACAGGUAAAGCAGUUUUUCUCAAAUUGUUUGGAACCCCUGUUUUCAAUAGCUUUCAAUACCUCGCUGUGCGAGGAUAACGACACUGAACCGCUAAAAAAAAAAUAUAUAUAUAUAUUUGGAGAACACAUUGGGAGGGAUCUUAGACCAUUCCUCCACACAUAAUCCUUCCAGGUCUUUGAUAUUCUUUGUCUGCGCCCUCUUCAAUUCAAACCACAGUCCUGGUACUGGGUCAAAUUCCUAAUGCCAUUGACCUUAACAAGAGCCCCGGGACCAGUGGAAGCUAAAUAAUAGCCUCAUAACAUCAAAGAUCCACCACCAUAUUUUACAGUAGUUAUGGGGUUCUUUUCUUCAGAUGAGUCUUUCAUUAGAUGCAAAAACCCACCACUAGUGUGUGUUGUCAAAUAGCUCUAUUUUCAUUUCAUCUGAACAUAACACUGGUUGCAAUCCAAGUGCCAAUGCUGUUUAGCAAACUACAGGUGUUUACGUUUUUUGGAUGACAUGAAAAUAGAGCUCUUUGGCAACUGUUGACAAAAUAUAGCUAACUGAAAUCCUACAUUAAAAUCAUCUGUCUUUAUAAAAGUGUGUCUUUAGCAGUGAUUUAAAAAGAGACAUGGAAUCUGCAAGCCUGAUCUACUCUAGACUUUGGAAUGGCCCACAGCACCCUGCCAGAGGAUCUCAGGCUGUGUCCUGGCUCGUAGGGAGAUGAAACAUCUGAGAUAUAGGAUUGAGCAAAACCAAGUCUAGUCUUAAAGGUAAAAAUCCUUCCUCCUUCCAACAACCACAAAUUCCUAUAAUUUAUCAUGUUAAAUAACACUAAUAUGUGAUAACAAUAUUUGUUGUGAUUUUUCUUUCUUUACUUUUGUUGUUUUAAUAAGGUUGGUAGCAACAUGAAAUGUGAAAAUCAUUUUGGAAAUCUGUUGCAUCUAAAGUCUACUACAAAACCCACAAUGCAUUGAUCUCCCUAUGGGUUGGCUGGAUAGCUACCUAGCUUGUUAGCUAGUUAGCCACCCAGCUUGUUAGCUAGUUAGCCACCCAGUAUUGAAAACUGACAUGUAUGUUUGAUGUUUUCGCAAUCUUAGUCAUUUUCCUCUUAACUUCCAGUGUAGUGAGAGUGCUGAUCACAAUGCCAUGUCAUGUCCACGGUCUUUCUGCCUGUGUGAACGGCAAGAGAUCAAAUACACAUGAAAACAUGAAAUGACCCCAGGAAUCGAUAGAACUUCGCUCAGCGAUACCCUAAAACAAUAUAACAUUCAAAAUGGGUGAGGUUUUGUGGGUAAACGUGUGACAUCAUGGCUCAGGUGCUGCACAUGGACCCCAGCUUCCCAGGAGGGAAGCUUACCCCGUCCGCUCCCCCCUCCCUGCAUGGGAAGGAGCAGGAGGCGCCCUACUCUGUGGAGACCCCCUACGGCUACCGUCUGGACCUAGACUUCCUCAAGUAUGUCAACGACAUUGAGAAGGGAAACACCAUCAAGAAGGUCCCCGGUCAGCGCCGGCCCCGCUACGGGUCUCUCCCCCGGGGGUACGGCUACACGGGCUCCUGGUGGACCUCCACAGAGUCCCUGUGCUCCAACACCAGCCAGGACAGUCGCCAAUCAUCCUUCUCCUACUGCGCCCCGGGCUACCACCCACACAACUCCCACUCCCAGAGGCCCAGCUUCAGCACGGCCCGGGUGGAGAAGACCCUGCUGGACGCCCGCAGGAAGUUGGAGGAAGAGAAAGAAGGGGGCCCCAGGAGGUUCUCCAGCACACUUGGUAGCAUGCACAACAGCAUGGCCGGAUCCACCACCUCCCUGAGCAGCGCCCACAGCUACAACCGCACCCAUGGAGGAGGAACGGGCUCCUUCACCCCCAUGAGCUCUGGCCUGUCCACCCCCGUGUCGCCCACCCCGGCCCACCUGCAGCAUGUAAGAGAGCAGAUGGCGGUGGCUCUGAGGAAGAUCCGGGAGCUGGAGGAGCAGGUGAAGAGCAUCCCCGUGCUACAGGUGAAGAUCUCUGUGCUGCAGGAGGAGAAGAGGCAGCUAAGCGUCCAGCUGAAGAGCCAAAAGUUUCUGGGACACACCCUUGGCUUCGGCAGAGUGGGCCGGCCCCGAGGGGAGCUCUACAUCGACAUCCCAGAGGAGGAGGUGAGCUCUGGAGCUGGAGCCACCAUCAGGGUUGCAGCAGGGCCUCUGUCCCCCACCACCCCUGAGGGCUCCAGGCCGCAGGCAGACUCAGGCUGUGAGAUUGAGGACACGGUGAUCGUGGGUGGAGCGCGGCCAGCUGGGCAGAGGGAAGUGCGUACCAUUGGGGUGGGACCAGAGGAGGCGAGGGGCAGCCAGCAGGUGGCUGUGGGCAUUGGGGUGCAGGAGCAGGACCUGGGGCUGGUGCCGGAGACAGAGGCCCUGAAGAGCCAGGUGGGCCAGCUGGAGGGCCAGCUGAAGAGUACGAUGCAGGAGCUGCAGGCUGCCCAGCAGCAGGUGCAGGCAGCUAAGAGGGAGAGGCAGGCUCAGGCCCCCCAGGCAAACCACUCGGUCAGGGCCACCAGUCUGAGCUGGCAGGAGCAGCAGGGACGCAGCCUGCAAACGGUAGUCAGCUUUACCCAGCAGCCCCAUCACCGGGCUCAGAGGACUGUGGGAAUCCAGGUGUACACGCUGGAGCAACCAGCCACUGUGGUGGGGGUGGGCACGUUGCUCCGAGCAGAGGGGUGCAGCUCCCCCUCCCUCCCUCCAGGUGGUACAGUCCUGGAGGGAACCCACAGAGGACAUGCACAGGCCCUGGGCCCAGAGGAUGCAGCUGUUGAGCUGCCCAUCGCCAUCUCCUCCAAACAGGUUCGAGAGGUCCUAAGAAGUGAGCUGUCCACCUCUGUGCCUGUCACUAAUCCUGCCAUCGCCAUUGAUACCAUUGGUAAUCAGAUGGCUUUGCUGCAUCUGAAGGAAGGAGAGACACCCCAGCACACUGCCAUAAACACCGUCCAGUCUCAAGAAGACCCAUCAAAGCCAGCUGCAGCAGCCUCUCCCCAGACAGCCCUGAGGUCCAUAAUGAAACGUAAGGCAGAAGGAGAACCUGGCUCUCCAUCCACCAAGAAGAACCUGCAGUUCACUGGAGUCAAUGGAGGGUAUGAGUCCACCUCAUCAGACGACAGUAGCAGUGAGAGUUCAGAGGAGAGUGAUGCCAGUGAAUAUCAUGAGACCACAGAGAAACUCCCAGAAGCACCAGAGUCUGCAGCGGGACGGCACCAGAAAGCAGCAGCAGUCCCAGUCUCCUCCACAAGGCUAGAGCAUGUCACUCCGCUCCCAGCCACUACCGUCCAACCACCAGCCUGCGAACCUGCCUCUGAGCGGAGCACCAGCCAAUCAGCAGCAGUCCCAGUCUCCUCCACAAGGCUAGAGCAUGUCACUCCGCUCCCAGCCACUACCGUCCAACCACCAGCCUGCGAACCUGCCUCUGAGCGGAGCACCAGCCAAUCAGCAGCAGUCCCAGUCUCCUCCACAAGGCUAGAGCAUGUCACUCCGCUCCCAGCCACUACCGUCCAAUCACCAGCCUGCGAACCUGCCUCUGAGCGGAGCACCAGCCAAUCAGCAACCGUAAGCAUGGGACUGCAGCAUGUAUCCACCUUAUCACCAACCUUGAACACUGCCGUGCAACAAUGUGCCUCUGACUCUGCUCCCACUGAGACGACCUACCCGUCUCCAGCCAAUGACUGUGUCCGUCAGGGGAGUAUUGUCCAAUCAUCAGUCCCAGACGCCAUCCCUCAGGAGUGUACCUCCAUAAAUACUAGCACUGAACCCACUACACCUGAGCAGUGCAUCGUGCAAUCAGCUGCUACCUGUUCUGCACCCCCCAAGCCACCCAGAUGCCAACCAGAAGCCACUAACCCGGAAGUAAAGCAGGGUGUCACCCAAUCAAAUACCACUGAUGUCACCGUUCAGCUUGAUGCCAUCAAAUCACAAACUACUGACCUCGCCCCUCAGCAUUGGGCCGCCCAAUCAUCAGCUACUGAACAAAGCUCCCAGCAGAGGAGAGUCCAGUCACCAGCCUCGACACCAACACCUGGAAACACCCCAAGUGCUGCUGGAGCAGCCAAUCAAGAAACCAGACUGGAGUUCAGUGAGAGCCUGAUGGCAUCUCUCCAUGCCCUGCAGAAAGCCCUGGGUGAACCAAAUGCUUUCAGCCAGCAAGCAGCAAGGACAGCCUACACCACGGUGCUCCAGGAGUGGCUUCGUGUGUCCUGUCACAAGGCAGCUGACACUGCCAUGGUCAGGGCCUAUAUGGAUACCUUCUCCUCCGUCUCCCCACAGCUGCUGAAGUUUGUGGUCAAUAUGGCCGACGGCAACGGCAACACGGUCCUGCACUACACCGUCUCCCACUCCAACUUCCCUGUGGUCAAGCUGCUGCUGGACACUGGCCUGUGCAACGCUGACAAGCAGAACAAGGCCGGGUACACAGCCAUCAUGCUGACAGCUCUGGCUGCCUUCCACUCUGACAGUGACCUUCACACUGUCCUGCAGCUGCUGCGCACAGGGGAUGUGAACGCCAAAGCCAGCCAGGCGGGUCAGACGGCGUUGAUGCUGGCAGUGAGUCACGGACGAGGGGACAUGGUACGGGCGCUCCUCUCCUGCGGGGCACAGGUCAACAUCCGCGACGACGACGGCUCCACGGCGCUCAUGUGUGCCUGCGAGCAUGGCCACGUCGACAUCGUGCGUCAGCUGCUGUCUGUGCCAGGCUGUGAUGUCACUCUCACUGAUAACGAUGGCAGUUCAGCCCUGUCCAUAGCCCUGGAGGCCAGUCAGAAUGACAUCGCUGUGCUUCUCUACGCUCACCUCAACUUCGCCAAGCCUCCUUCUCCUGUAUCACCAAAGUCUCCUCUUUUGGGAUCCUCUCCCCCCUCUGGUGAAACAAAGUGACCACACUGUAAGAUACCUUUUGGAGAAUUUAGCAGCACCUCUUCAACCAGCUCCUCAACCAUUCCACCACAAGUGUUGAUAUCUGUGUAUAUGUGUGUGUGCGUUUGUGUGUGUGUGUGUGUGUGUGUGGGAGAGUGAUUGUAAUGGUAUUUUUCCUCUUCUCUCCGUCUGUUCUCUCUGUAUGUGCACGUCGGCAUGAAACCCAGCACUUGACACGAUCCUAACGCAUCUUUUCUUUAAACGGAAAGGAAUUCAUUGUGAUGCUAUACUCACAUGUAGUUGUUUACGCACAAGAGUCCGUUGUUUGUUGUUGUUAGUGUCGGUUGAAAUCAAUCUCUGAUAAUAUUCACAUGACAGAAUAAGCCGUCCCCUUGUUACAGAUCAACACACAAACUCAACUCAGCAAUAGUCCCACUUACAUUCAUUUUGUGUCUUUUAUUGCCACUAGAUGAGCAAGAUUGUAUUACUUUACCGUAGUUCAUUAUUGUCGCUUAUUGUUUUGUUUCCGUUGAAUUUGUUACUUAUUACUGUUCCAGCGAUAAAUGUAAUUCUAUAUAUCAUUGAUAAUCGAUCAGUUGCAGUGACACGGUAGGAAUGUGUUGUGUCUCAUCACAAUCAUUUAUGGAAUGCAUAAAGUCACCCAUAUCACUGUGAAAUGAUUCAUUGACCCAUAUCAUUCUAAAACUACAAAAUCACCCAUUUCAUUCUAAAAUACACAUAUCUCUCUGAAGUGUCCUUUAUCGAUUGUAUCAGUCAGCUGAUUGGUACUAAAACAAUUCUGAUAGAGGACUCCAGUUUAAUUCCGUACAAAAGAUGGAGAUUUCUACACAACCUUUAUUUACCCGAGAGUAUUUUUGAUAGUGUCUUUUUAUUCAAUUCAAAUUUCACAUAGGUAAUGGUAUGGAUCUCCAACACUUAUAACAGAUGACAACCUUUGCACACAGCAUUGCUACUUUAGAUGUCAGACACCUAGCUGUGGUACGGCCGACAGCACCCUUAUCAGGACACUGUUGUUCUAAAUGAUGGUCUUACUGGCUAACUUCCAACCACAUUUUAGUCAUUGUAACGGUUAACCAUUUUUUUCUGAAUUUUUAUCCAAAGAUCUUCCCCUCAUAACAACUCUUUUGUUACACUGUAUGUUGUGGUGAUCUGUCUGAGUGUAAAGAUAAUAAUAUGUGUUGACCAGACAGAUAAUUCCCAACAAAACAUUUGGUAACAGCAACAUUAUCGUCGAGGUCAAUAACAUUUGUAAUGUUCAUGAGAAGGCAACUAGAAAUGGUAGCUACUCGAACUGUCCAAUAAAGGUACUACAUUUCUGAAAUGAAAGAUUGUUUAUUUUCUUGAAUAAAAGGUUUUAUGAGUGGUUUUACUGAGGGAAGGAGUGACGUGGGGUGUUUGGGUACUGACUAGGGUGUGUAAGGUGGUAGGCAAGGUUCAAAUUCCUGUUCAGUGGGCACCCUUUUUGGAUUGGUUGGUAACUAGAAAGUGACAGAAUGGACUAUGGAGCUAAUGAAGAAUUUGCAUUGUAAUAUAGGUAUGCCAAAAUUAUAAUAAUAUAUGACAUUAUUCUACAGUAGUAGUGAUGCAUAAAAUUAUCAUUUAAAAAUGAUUGAAGUCCAGAAUACAGAAAUACACUGAGUAUACCAAACAUUAAGGAAACCUUCCUAAUGUGGAGUUGCCUCACCCUCUGAAUGGCACACAUACACAGUCAUGUCUCAAUUGUCUCAAGGCCUGAAAAUCCUUCUUUAACCCGUCUCCUCCCCUUCGUCUACACUGAUUGAAGUGGAUUUAACAGGUGACAUCAAUAAGGGAUCAUAGACUGACCAGGUGAAUCCAGCUAAAAGCUGUCUUGGAAAGAGCAGGUGUUCUUAAUCUUCUGUAUACUCAUUGGUGUCUCAAUUUGGAUUUGUCUUUUUAAGUCAUUUCCCCCCCACCUUUAAUACAGGAUUUCCUUCGCAAUUAGAUUUUUAUAACGUUUUAUAUUUGUUUUACAUUCGUUUUUAUACAUUUCUAUUUGUAUUACUUGUUCACAACUAUAGGUUUACCUCCUGGCACAUUUAGGUUUUGUUAUUUUGCCUUCUGUAAUAUGCUCAGUUUGUAUUUUUCCCCAUUUGGUUUUAUGGUAUUUGGAUGAAAAUAAUAAAUCAGCCUUCAUCGUAAA